AUGAAGUAUGCAAGAUCCACCUCAGAUAUUCGCACCGUCAUCACCUUGAGUCACUGCAUUACGCCCACCGCCCGCGGUUGCUCGAGACCUGAGACAUCGGGGUGGGCGUAUGGGCAUCCCAUGUGGAGCGGGUGGUGUAUGGGGGUCAAGUGGACUGGUUGUGUGGAGCCAGGUGGAUCGCCGGAGCAGGUGGUGAGGCCAGGUGGAGCGGGGCUGUGUUCCUGGCUCUGGGGAGAGGUGCGCGCCCACCGAGAUGACUGGGAGGCUGAGAGAAGCGAGAAGAGAGCGGCGCAGACAUCGCUGGCAGAGGCGGAGGCGAGAACAGCCCUGUUGCUCCAGGAGUUGCAACUGUUGUCAAGGGCCGCACUGCCUAAGAAGUGGCCUGCCUCUGGAGCUGCAGCCACGCCCUGGGCGCCGUUGAAGGGCUGGAUCCCCGUGUCUAUGCUGCACCAGAUCGCCUUCAGCGGCGCGACGCCCGAGCACCAGACGCCCGUGGUGCACGCCCAGCCUCGCGCCCACAGGAGGAGAGCAGGGGCCUCUCGACAGGCGGGCAGCGCCCCCUCUGCCGAAUCCAAGACGGGCGGCGUCGGCGGCGUCGCUGACGAGAAGAAGAAGUACGAGGCGAUGGGCGCGAGGCCGAAGGUGCUGGGCAACCUGCAGCCGCUGGCGGCCAAGGGCGUCGGGCUGAUCGAGGACGAGAAGUCGGCGAAGCACCGCGCGCGCUCCAUCCUGGCGAGCGCCAUCCCGGUGUCCCCGGUGUCCAGCGGCCCCCCGACGCCCUGCGGCCCCAGCCUCACCCGCAGCCCGUCCGCGCCCAACAUGCCCAAGGGCUACAUGCCCAUCACCUCGACCAUCCUCACGCCCAUCAACUUCCGCCAGCCCUUCGUCGCCCACAAGCGCCCGUCAACCAUGAAGCAGAUCACGCAGGCGGUACAGGCGGCGUCGCAGGCCUCCUCCUCCGCCCGCGCCCGCAGCGAAACCUCCCCCUCGGGCGCGGGCGUCCGCCCCGACCCCUCGAGCGCCCAGUCGCCCCCCGUCAGCAGCCUCUCGUCGGCGCUCGCCCAGCCGCACGGCGAGGCGCUCCUGCCGGCGCACGCUCGGAGCGACUCCUCGCCGGCCGCCAUCGGCCUCUCCUUCCCGGCCGGCGGAGGCGGCGCGUCGCAAGCUCCCGGAACGGCGCCCGACGGCGAGGCCCCGGGCGCGAGUGGCAAAGGCGAAGGUGGCGUCUCGGCCUCGGCGAGCGUGAAUGCUCAGAGCGGAGUGGAGGACGCGCCCUCCGGAAGCAGCAAAGACGAGACCAGUGGCGGGAAGGAAGCUGCGCCGUCGGCCAAGGGAAGCACAGUCAGCGCUGCUGCGUCCGAUAACGCCCAGAAGAAGCCACAGCCCGCCACGUCUUCUACGGCCGCUGAUUCGUCAAAUUUAACUGCCAAUAAUUAUGUUUCUAAAUCAUCCAGUUCAUCGUCUCCUCCAAAAACGGUAGUUACAUCGGACAGCACCAAAGUUACCACCACGGUCAACACCAGCGCUGCGAAGACUGCUUCCUCCAAUGCCUCAGUUGCUCCCUCCACCCAUGCAAAGGCUGCAGCCUCCACCAACACGAAAUCUGCAGCGUCAAACAAUACCAAAGUAACUACCAGCAAUAACAGCUCAGUCACCACGUCAAGUAACACGACGGGAGUGACUUCCAAAAAUACAACAGUCGCUUCUUCUAACAGUACUACAACAUCAACGUCAGUCACCACAACCACUGCAAGAAACUCUACAGCUUCAACUUCAAGCAAAGUCACAACCGCUGCUCCCAGCAGAACCACAGCUGUUACAAACAGUCAAAAUACGUCAGCGGCUACAAGCAGAAGUACUUCGGGAACGUCCACUGCGGUUGCAGCUGUCCCUAGUAAGACAGCAACAGUAAACUCCAGCAAAGCCGGCGCCUCUACAAAGAAUACAGCCACAAAAACAACAUCCAGUUCGAGUCCGUCGUCAGCCGGUGACAACACAGCUGUCAGCUCUGCCAAAGCGUCAGCAGGGACUGCAAACAAAGCAGGGGACCACCUCCGCCGGCGCAGCGAACCCCCCUUCGGCAGGGUCCGCCGCCGCGCCCAGCGCGAGCGCGGCGAACGGCCUGCCGAAGAACGGCGCUGCCUCCGCCAGCUCGACGGCCUUCGCCUCGAUCACCGUGACCACGACGGCGGCGGGCACGGCGGGGGUGGGAUGUCCCUGACCACGUUCGGGCUCAACUCGGAGGGGCGCGGCAUCCCCGGCGCGAUCUUCUUCGCCCUCCGGCCCGAGCAGAAUGGCAUCCGCAGCCCCCAGCCGUGCCCCUCCUCGCGCGGCACCUCUGCCUCCUCCGUCAAGAGCCCGACGCCAGACUCUGUAGCUGCUGGUCAGUCGUACAGGCAAGCGCUGCCGCCGUCGGGGGUCAAGAGCCCGCCCAUCCUGGAGCGCCCGGCCACGAACGUCGUCAAGGAGGAGCACUGGUGGUCCGUCGAGAGCCCGGGGCGCAGCAGCACUCCCGGGCGGCAGCAGGGCGGCAAGCUGGUCAACUCGACGUGGGUGAGGCUGAUGGGCGGCCAGGCCAACAACCGCCAGAGCUCGGGCCUGCCGUGGCGCACCGCUCGGGCCGUGUCGGGCCAGCAGCUGGACCAGGCGCGCCGCGCGUCGCACGAGGACAGCACGAGCGGUCCGACGUCGCCCAACAGCAUGUCCUCGACCGCCACCUUCAACUACACCCCCGCCGUGAACUCGCCGCCGUCGUCGAACCUAUCCUCCGCCACCAACUCGGCCGCGACGUCGCCGCUGCCGGCGGUGAACCAGAGGCCCUGCGAGGACCUCCGCUCCAUGGCGUCCAAGAACAUUUCCUCCGCCAUCAUGAGCUACGAGCUGGGCAACAAGUGCGAGCCGCUCGGGUCGCCCGUGGGGGUGGGCGCCCCAGGGUGGCCGGGCCAGGGGCUGGACGCGACGAAGGCGGCGCCCGCCAACGACGGCGUGGCCACCAUGACGCGGCGGGACCUUGUGUGCCCCUCCUGCCAGAUGCUGUUCCCUCCGGAGAAGCACCUACAGUUCCUGGACCACUUCGAGGUCUGCCGGGGGCCCGAGUACGCCGAUCUAUGAUGAAAGGGAACGCAAUAUCCCUCAUGAAAAAGGGCUUUAGAGAGUGAACGUAAGUGUCUCAUUCUCUAAAUGCAAGACAGUAUAGACUUUCGUUGCUAAUCUAUAAAACGUAUAGAAAAAAGUCAAUGUUGUUAAGCAGUAGCAUCGGAAAGAACUGCUCAGUGAGACACUGUUCGUAAUUCAUCUCGUAUGAGUUGUGAUCUUAGAGCGUAAAAGGGCGAAAUGCCGUCUCAGAAUUCAUUAACAUAUCCAGUUCCUUCCCGUAUCUUA